CUUUAUAUUGGUGUAACAUGCUAUGAAAUAUAGGUGAAGGGAUAAUAGACAGCUUCUUCAGUAAUUCUUCAUCCUGGAGAAAACGAAUAGGGUCGAUGACUCGUGAAGCAUCACCAGAACCUAAAGCAACCAUCGAUAAAAAGGAAGACGUUGUGGAGACAGGAUCGCCUGAUGUGAAAGAUGCAGAUACGAAAUCCAGCCAACAUACCACCACUACAAAUAACAAUAUCAACGCAACAGACGAUAAUGAGAAAGUGGUAAAUCCCGAUGAUCUUAUUGAUAUGAAUACGUUUGAACAGCUAUUGGAUAUGGAUGAUGAAGAUGACCAUGAAUUCUCACUCAGCAUCGUCAACAACUAUUUCGAGCAAGCAGAAGCCACCUUUAAAGACAUGGAUUCAGCAUUAGAAAAGAAAGAUUUAACAGAAUUAUCAAGACUCGGUCAUUUCCUUAAGGGAAGUUCAGCAGCUAUCGGUCUGAAGAAAGUAAAAGCAACCUGUGAAAAGAUUCAGAAUAUCGGCAAUUGUCAAGAGGAAGAUGGCUCAAAAGAAAUUGACGACCAAGACGCAUUGAAACGUAUCACUUCUUUGCUGCCACAAGUCAAAACAGAAUAUUCAGAAGCAGAAGAGUAUUUAAAGAACUUUUAUGAAGUGCAGGAUUCUCGAUAAAUGAGAAAGAGACAGAGUGUGAAGAACCACCCAAUAAUAAUAAUAAUAAUCAUAAUAAAAGAAAGCCGUCUUGCAACCCAAGAGAGUAGGACUUUGUUCCUGUCAUCUAUGACAAAAAAAGACGCGUUUAUUCCCCCCCUUUUUUACUAAAUAACAUGACCACUCUGU